AAGGGAAUCAUGAAAAUGCGGAUGUCACUGGCCUUCAGGAAGGAGAGAAUCGCUGUAAGUUGUCUAUAUAAAGCUCUGAUAUCUCAGCCAGCGGUACAGUUUGAGAUCCAGAGAAUCUCAUAUCAAACCAUGAAGUUACUGUUUGUUUGCAUUGGCGCUGCCCUCUUGGCUGCCUGCCAGGCAGGAGGUGUAGGAGGUGGAUCCGGUGGUCGACAUGGAGGAUUUGGAGGUGGAUCCUUUGGAGGAGGUUCCUCUGGGGGAUACGGCUCUGGUGGUGGCUUCUCCAGUGGUGGUCACGGAGGUGGGUCUAUAGGCCACGGCUCCUUCGGAGGUCACGGAGGAGGCUUUGGAGGAGGAUCCCUUGGAGGAGGAUCCUUUGGAGGAGGAUCCUUUGGAGGAGGAUCCUCUGGAGGCUAUGGCUCUAGAGGUGGAUUCUCUAGUGGCGGUCACGGUGGGCGGUCCGGAGGAAGCUUUUCUGGCGGCCAUGGAGGUGGAUCCUUUGGAGGAAAGGGAUCGAUCUCCAGGGGUGGAGGAUAUGGCAAAUAAAAUGGCCUCCUUCCCGAACUAUACAAUUAAAUUGAAAUGGCAUCCUUUGCAAACUAUACAAUUAAAUCUAAAAUAAAUGUUCAGAAUAUUUUUGGAAAUUUUUGCCGUAAAUUCAGGUUUCUAGAUUACCAACCACGAAUAAAUAAUAAAUUUGACUUUGGAUACAA